AGGGAACCGCUGGGAUUCUAGGAGGAGCCGCGACAAGGUCGACAGCAGCAUCCUGGUUUGACCAUCACAAAGAUCGGAGGCGGACCGUCCUAACUCCGAGAGAGCGAAGGUUACGGGGAGGAUUUGGAUUUACUGGCGCGGAGAGAGAAGAGAAAACUUGUGUAGUUGCGUGUCCUGGUGAAGCUAACGGGCUAUCUCUCCGCAGCGCCGCUCUCCGCUCGCCACCCCUCUCCUGUCCUCACCAGGCGGAGCAGCUCGCUUUCCCCUCAACUAGCAGACUGCUUCGCGGCUGUCACGUGGCGCCUCCCCGGCUUCCACACUUUCUUCUCUGACUUUUCUGCAUUUUGUCCACGCUGUUGUUAGUCACUGAGCUAUGUCGGAGCCACCCUCCGCGCCUCCCGCCCCGGCAGAGACCGCCGCCACGGAAUAUGAUUUUUUAGCGCCGGAUGCGGGGCAGAGGCCGCUCGGUCCGACGCCCAGCCAGAGCCGGUUCCAGGUGGACCUUGUGGCUGAAACUGCCGGUGCCUCUGAUGACAAAUCUCCAAGCUCAGAGAACUCCGCUGCGGUGCCGGAUGGUUCGGGUACCGAUUCCGGGGCGGGCGCAGAGGAAGCCAAAGGCCGGUUUCGGGUGGUGAACUUCGCGGAUCCGAGCGGGUCGGGGAGCGCGGCCUCUCCCGAGGCAGCGCCGCCGGAGGGAAUACAGAACGGCGACACGGUGAUGAGCGAGACCAGCCUGCAUUCAUCCACGGGGGGCCAGCAUCACUAUCACUAUGACACCCACACCAACACCUACUACCUGAGGACUUUCGGUCACAACACCAUCGAUGCCGUGCCCAACAUUGAUUUCUACCGGCAGACAGCAGCGCCGCUGGGGGAGAAACUCAUCAGACCCACCCUGUCUGAGCUCCACGACGAGCUGGACAAGGAGCCAUUCGAAGAUGGUUUUGCCAACGGAGAUGAGCUGUCACCGGCCGAGGAGUCUGCAGCUAAAGAAGCAGCCGAGCCCAAAGGAGUAGUCAAGUUUGGUUGGAUUAAAGGGGUUCUGGUCCGCUGCAUGUUAAACAUCUGGGGGGUGAUGCUCUUCAUCCGGAUGACCUGGAUUGUGGGUCAGGCUGGGAUUGCUCUCUCCUGCGUGAUCGUCUGCAUGGCUACCGUAGUGACAAGCAUUACCGGCCUCUCCACCUCGGCCAUAGCCACCAACGGAUUUGUCCGAGGAGGUGGAGCGUACUACCUGAUCUCCAGGAGUUUGGGUCCAGAGUUUGGAGGCUCUAUUGGUCUGAUCUUCGCCUUUGCCAACGCCGUGGCCGUAGCCAUGUAUGUGGUGGGGUUUGCUGAGACCGUCGGGGAACUACUAAAAAGUGCAGAUGCUGUCAUGACAAGUGAAACUAAUGACAUCCGAAUCAUCGGCACCAUCACUGUCAUCGUCCUCCUGGGCAUCUCCGUGGCAGGGAUGGAGUGGGAAGCCAAGGCCCAGAUUUUCUUGCUCUUUGUGCUCAUCACCGCCAUUAUUAACUACUUUAUCGGAUCCUUUAUUCCUCUCAAAUCAAAGGAGCCGUAUGGCUACUUUGGCUAUGAUGCUUCCAUCAUGUGGGAGAACAUGGGUCCGAACUUCCGAGACGAGACGUUCUUCUCUGUAUUUGCCAUCUUCUUUCCUGCAGCCACCGGUAUUCUGGCCGGAGCCAACAUUUCCGGAGACCUUUCUGACCCACAGAUGGCCAUUCCUAAGGGAACCCUUCUGGCCAUAUUAAUCACAGGAAUUGUCUACCUGGGUGUUGCGGUUUCAACAGGUGCCUGCAUUGUGAGGGAUGCUACCGGAGGUGUUAACAACACCAUCAGCUCUCAGUUCGCGUCAAACUGCACUGCAGCUUCCUGCAAAUUCGGCUAUGACUUCUCCUCCUGCCAAUACACCAAUCGUACAGAGAAGUGCAAGUACGGACUCCAUAAUGACUUCCAGGCGAUGAGCCUGGUUUCAGGUUUUGGGCCCAUCAUCACUGCAGGAAUCUUCUCUGCCACUCUGUCCUCAGCUCUGGCCUCGUUAGUCAGCGCUCCCAAAGUUUUCCAGGCGUUGUGUAAGGACAACGUCUACCCCGGCAUCGGACUGUUCGCCAAAGGCUACGGCAAGAACAACGAGCCGCUGCGUGGCUACCUGCUGACCUUCGGCAUUGCUCUGGCCUUCAUCCUCAUCGCUGAGCUGAACACGAUUGCUCCCAUCAUCUCUAACUUCUUCUUGGCGUCCUACGCCCUGAUCAACUUCUCCGUGUUCCACGCCUCCUUGGCCAACUCUCCAGGCUGGCGUCCCAGCUUCAAAUACUACAACAUGUGGGUUUCAUUAGCCGGAGCCAUCCUGUGCUGCGUGGUGAUGUUCGUCAUCAACUGGGCCGCCGCCCUUCUCACCAACGUCAUCGUGAUGGCUCUGUACAUCUACGUCAGCCACAAGAAGCCAGAUGUGAACUGGGGCUCGUCCACCCAGGCUCUGACCUACCACCAGGCCCUGACCCACACUCUGCACCUCAGUGCAGUGGAGGACCACAUCAAGAACUUCAGACCUCAGUGUUUGGUGAUGACCGGUUACCCCAACUCCCGUCCUGCCCUCCUGGAUCUGGUCCACAGCUUCACCAAGAACGUUGGCCUGAUGAUCUGUGGUCAUGUCCGCACGGGCUACAGAAGGCCGAACUUUAAGGACCUGGUCACGGAUCAGACCCGGUGUCAGCGCUGGCUGCUGAAGAGCGAGACCAAAGCUUUCUACACUGCCGUGUUUGCUGAGGACCUGAGGCAGGGUUCUCAGUACCUGCUGCAGGCUGCCGGUCUGGGCCGUCUGAAGCCAAACACCCUGGUUCUGGGCUUCAAGAACGACUGGAGGGACGGUGACAUGAUGAACGUGGAGACCUACAUCAGUAUGAUCCACGAUGCCUUUGACUUUCAGUUUGGUGCUGUCAUCCUGAGGCUGAAGGAAGGACUGGACGUGUCCCACAUCCAAGGACAAGAUGACCUGUUGUCCUCCCAAGAGAAGUCCUCAGGAACGAAGGACGUGAUCGUGUCCAUCGACACUAGCAAAGACUCUGAUGGUGAUUCGUCGAAGCCGUCUUCAAAGGCCACCAGCCUCCAGAAUAGCCCGGCCAUCCAAAAAGAUGACGAUGAUGAUGGAAAAGCUCCGACUCAGCCCCUGUUGAAAAAAGACAAAAAGAGUCCGACGGUGUCUUUGAACGUGUCUGACCAGAGACUGCUGGAGGCCAGCCAGCAGUUCCAGCAGAAACAGGGGAAGGGCACCGUGGACGUCUGGUGGCUGUUUGAUGAUGGAGGCCUGACCCUGCUCAUCCCCUACCUGCUGACCAACAAGAAGAGGUGGAAAGACUGCAAGAUCCGUGUUUUCAUCGGUGGCAAGAUCAACAGGAUUGAUCACGACCGGCGAGCGAUGGCAACUCUGCUGAGCAAGUUCAGAAUAGACUUCUCGGACAUCACUGUGCUGGGAGACGUCAACACCAAGCCCAAGAAGGAAAAUUUGGCAGCCUUUGAGGAGAUGAUCGAGCCUUAUCGGUUGAAUGAUGACAACAUGGAGAUGGAGGCCGCCGAGAGGCUGAAAAACAGCGAGCCCUGGAGGAUCACGGACAAUGAGCUGGAGCUGUACCGAGCUAAGACCAACCGUCAGAUCAGACUCAACGAACUGCUGCAGGAGCACUCAAGCACCGCCAACCUCAUCGUCAUGAGUCUGCCGUUAGCCCGGAAGGGCGCCGUGUCCAGCGCCCUCUACAUGGGCUGGCUGGAGGUGCUGUCCAAGGGCCUGCCACCCAUCCUCCUGGUGCGCGGCAACCACCAGAGUGUUCUCACCUUCUACUCCUAAAGCAGGAGCAACGGAAAGGAAACUCACAUUUUUAACUCUCACAUCCACUCCUGCCUCUGGAAACGCACACACAAACACAUCUCAGCACAAAUUACCUGGCGCACCACACACACCCACUCCAGAGACAGCAGCCACUGAUGGAAACCACGGCAACACCAAGGAGGAAGGGAUGUUGGUUGAGAUGUGAUGAGCUCUUCGUGUGAUGGAGGAAUGUCAGGGUCAUGGUGGGAGCUUCCACUCAGCUCCUUUUAUUUAUUCCAACAUGUUUUUUUUUUCUUGUAGCUGUAGUUUCUUCUCAUUUCCCAUCCCAGCAUUCCUUUGUGUUCAGAUUGAGUUCUCAGGCUCAGCAGCAGGUAUGCACAGUGUCAGGUCAGCUCCCAGUACGACACUGAAUAUUUUGAUGUCACUUUUUAAGUUAUUUGGACCAGCUGUCAUGUGUGUUGCAGCAAUAAUCGCCCUGUUGUGUUACUUUUGGAGAGAAGCAUGCAGAAUGCUUUGCAACACCUUCUGAAGCCUUAUGGACGUGCCUUCCAGUUGGAUCUGAUGGAAACCCUUCUCAUUGGAAAUAUUGGUAGAGUUUGAUUCUUUCUUAGUUGGAAGGGUUUAGUAAUGCGAGUGGGUUGGAGGAGUUUAAUGAAGAUUGCAUGAACAUUUCCUGUCUUCUUUCAGGCGGUAGUUUUGGGUUCUUGUUUGAUCCUUUUCUCUUCGGGUCUUCCUUUGUAAAACUGGGUUACUGGAGACGGUUUCUGUUUUAGAAAAACGUGAGUAAGUCAGCCGUGAUGUUAAUGCUGUUUUAUCUGCCUUCUUCCCCUCUAAACACACUCCUGUAGUCGACACUGGUUUAAAACUUGCCUUAAUGAAAGAACAAAUGAUUGUCGCAGGUUUCUGAAGCCGUACAGGCAGGGCGGAUGCAGAGAGGAAUCCAUCGUGUUCACAUCGGUCUAAACUUUCUUUCCUCGGUCUCCCUGAACCCGCGUGUCCUGAUCGGCAGCGGUCAUGUAGACCCGACCGCGAGUCUCCCGUUCCCACAAAGCCGAGAUGAGAAGAAAGAAGGAACGUCUUCACGUCGGGGUGGAGAUUUACCUCUAUGCAUCUGAGCUGUGUUACAUCAGCGUGUCGUCUUGUUCUCAUCUGAGCAUCAGCCUCGACUCGUAGCCUUUGUGAGGGCGACUUGGCUCCACUAAAAGCCAUAGAAGCAGUUUUCCAAUCUGAUACUUCUGUUCCUGGUGAAUCCCGUGCUAUUCCCUGUUCAUGAUGUAAAACUAUUGACACUGAAUCUGAAGGUUUAUGCAGAUAAAUUAACAGUAAAUGCUUAAACAAUCAUUUAAAGUCUGAUUUGCAGACAGAUAAGCACGUUUGUGCUUCGUCAUAAAUUAUCUGCACAUGUUGGACGUGCUGCCAGCUUCGGCUCCGGCUGCAGGCGGUGAAACAGGCUCCUUCUAUCUUUUCUUUCCCAGCAACAAGCAGCUUCAGCCUUCACUUUCUUCCAUGUAUUCUCUCACUUAUGGUAUGCAAUUUCUAAAGUGGAAUGUUACACACAGCUUGGGUUAGAUGAAUGUACUGUAUCAUAAUGAAAUGUAGGUAGGAAAGAAAAAAGUCUGUUUCAUGUUUCCUUUGUAGGCACAGUGCAACCACCUGUUCACACACCUGGACGAAGCAUGCAGCAGGUGUGGGGAGUGUGAGGAGGAACAUACAAACACGUUACAACCAUCUGUCCUCACGUCCCCCACCUGGAAAACGGUUUAAAACCUAAAGAAAGUGACAGGAAUGUCAGAAUGUAAACCUACAGUGAUUUCUUAAAGAAAUAAAUACUGUAAACCGAUUUAUUUAACAUUUACAUUUUAGAGGAGAUUGGGCUCAAACGGAGCGAAUGAUGAGAUGUGAUGUGCUGUGCUGAAGGAGUGUGUCCUGGUCAUCGUCCUACUGUGAAGCCUUCAUCCUCCCUUAUGAAUAAAACACGGGUUAUUCUAUAUUUGUAUAUUAAAGAAACUAUAUAUGCUUAUAUACCGUAUAUAAACACAUGUAUGUCUGAUUCCCAGCUGGAGGAAAUCUUAGUCUUUGUCACAUUAAAUGAAAGAAAAAUACUUCCCUUCAUCAUUUUACAGACGAGUAGCGUUUGUGCGUGUUAUUGUCUUUCUGGAUGGAUUCAGAUAAAUCUGCUCCGAUAGACAUUUUCAGUUUCCCUCUACCAAAGCCUCCUGUUCCUCUUCAUUUCAAACCAAAGUCACGGAUCAUAAUUUUAAAUACAUUUUUUAAAAAAGUUCUGGUCCUGAAAUGUCAUGGUGAUCGUGUCCACACAAAUAUAAACUAACCUGUAAAUAAACUUCAUAAUCAAAAGGAAUGGAACAGUUCUGUUCAAUUUCAGUCUGGAGAAAGAUAUUUAUUUUAGUUCAGAAAUAUUUUCUUUCUCUUAAAUAUUUCGGUUUUGCUUGUAAGUUAAUUUGCAUGUUAAUGUUUUCUGUUAAAUAUUUCUUGUCAUUUCAGUUUAGCACAGUUUUUUUUUUUCUUUUUGACCAUCUUUUCAAUGCCUUCUAAAGAAAAGAGGUGAGGAUGAGCGGAUUAAAGCGGAAAUCUUCCGCUUUCACGCGUACGUGGAUGGAUUGGAGUCAGCUGGUUGACGCUGUGAUGUUUUGAUACACUGUUAACAGUCACAGAUAUGCUUUUUCUAACAUUUUACCAGUUAUAAUUACCAGUACUUUGUAUAUCUUUAUUGCAAUAAAUAAAAUAAAAUCAGUUUAA